UCCUCUCUAUAGAAAACCUGCAUGCCAUUGCCCAACGAACAAACCUGAAGAAUUCAUUCUAUCGGCUGUGGAAAAUUGAAGAGAAGAAAGACGAGUAUUAGGGUGAUUACGGUAGAUUUUGCACGGCGGCGAUCUGGUGGUUUCCGGCGAAUCUUCUGCUGCAAUGGAGUCUCACGGCGCCGGACUCCGCCGCGUAUUUCUCCUAGCAUUUUGUGUCGCAGGAAUUUGGGCGGCUUAUAUUUAUCAAGGUGUCCUUCAGGAGACUGUGUCGACAAAGAGAUUCGGUCCUGAUAAGAAGAGGUUUGAGCACUUGGCAUUCUUGAACCUCGCUCAGAAUGUAGUGUGCCUGAUAUGGUCGUAUUUAAUGAUUAAGAUUUGGUCCAACGGUCGAAAUGGUGGUGCUCCUUGGUUGAGUUAUUGGAGUGCUGGUAUUACAAACACAAUUGGACCCGCUAUGGGGAUUGAAGCAUUGAAGUACAUUAGUUAUCCGGCUCAGGUGCUGGCAAAAUCCUCGAAAAUGAUACCAGUAAUGCUGAUGGGCGCACUAGUGUAUGGCAUCCGAUAUACCUUUCCUGAGUAUGUUUGCACAUUGCUUGUUGCUGGUGGUGUAUCCACUUUUGCACUCUCAAAGACUAGCUCAAAGACGAUCAGCAAAUUAGCAAACCCAAAUGCUCCGCUUGGCUAUGGGCUUUGUUUUCUGAACCUUGCUUUUGAUGGAUUUACCAAUGCGACUCAGGAUUCAAUUACGGCCAGGUAUCCUAAGACAAGUGCGUGGAAUAUAAUGCUUGGAAUGAACUUAUGGGGUACCAUCUACAAUAUGAUAUUCAUGUUUGGCUGGCCAAAUGCCACCGGGUAUGACGCAAUUCAGUUUUGCAAGCAGCAUCCCGAAGUAGCAUGGGACAUUCUUCUCUACUGCCUGUGUGGUGCAGUAGGCCAGAAUUUCAUAUUCUUAACCAUCAGUCGGUUUGGUUCAUUGACUAACACAACCAUAACCACAACUCGUAAAUUUGUGAGCAUAGUGGUGUCGUCCCUGCUGAGUGGAAAUCCCCUCUCUGAGAAGCAAUGGGCGAGUGUUUUCAUGGUCUUCUCUGGUUUAUCAUACCAGAUUUAUCUGAAAUGGAAGAAGCUGAAGAGAGCGCAGAAGAAAAGGAAGUCCACAUAAGCUAGCUCAAGAAUGUUUAAUACUACGAUGUAGCAAUUUUUGUUUCCAUUCUCUUCAGAUAUCGAUGUAACCCUUAAAGCAUAGUGGUUAUAUUAUCAGCACAGGUCAAUGUACUUGAAAUAGAUUUUUUAUAAAGAUAUACCAUGAAUGGCAUUUUUGCAUGUCUUUCUUGCUA